AUGGUUCUCCUGGCGGCCAUCGCCCUCUCCUCAUUCGUGUUCAUCGCAAACCCUCAAGGAGACCUGGCGAUUUCAUCUCUUAAAGUUGUAUCCUCUAACGCUCGCCGAUAUCCCAAUAAGAAGCAGGAUCUUGCUUUCGUUCAUUUCAAUAUUACAGCAGAUCUUGCCCCCUUGUUCCACUGGAAUACCAAGCAACUCUUCCUAUAUCUCGAGGCCGAAUACACGAACGCUAAAGGCACUAAGAACGAAGUCGUUAUUUGGGACAGGAUCGUCAGACGUAAGGAGGACGCAUUCAUCAAGUUUGCAGGAAAGAACAAGUACAUGUUCCGGGACGUUUCGUCAUCAUUCAAAAACGUUCCUCCCGCGCAUUACUCAUUAAAAUACAACGUGAUGCCCUAUGUUGGUGUCCUCACGUACGGCGAGGCUGCCAGGACUACGGAACCUGUCGCAUUCCCACCUUCACAAUCUCGCCUGUAG